AUGCCCAUAUGUUCACUUCUCCUCCACUUUUGUAUCUCUGUGGCAUCUGGUCAAUAUCUUGGUGAUCAGCAAUCCAGCUUGAUGCUCCAAUUGAAGAACAGCCUCGUAUUCGACAGUGGUCGGUCCACAAAACUGGUGCACUGGAAUCAUAGUGUGGAUUGCUGUUUGUGGGAAGGUGUAACUUGCAGCGAAGGGCGUGUUAUUGGUGUUGACCUAAGCCGUGAGUCCAUCUUGGGUACACUUGACAAUACGAGUAGCCUCCUCUUCAGUCUUCAAUAUCUCCAAUUUCUUGACUUGAGUUAUAAUUCACUAGAAGGAAGUAUUCCAAUUUCUCUGUUUUCCCUUCCAUCACUGCUGGAAUUACAACUUUCUAAUAACCAAUUUUCUGGUCAACUCAAUGAAUUUUUUCCAAACGUUUCUUCUUACUUGCUUGACACCCUUGAUUUGAGCAGCAACAACUUGGAAGGGCCAAUACCCAUGUCUGUUUUUGAGCUCAAAGGUCUUAAGAUCCUCUCACUUUCUUCAAACAACUUUAGCGGCUCCUUGCAGCCUAGAAUGAUUCAAAAGUUGACUAGUCUUUCAUAUCUUGAUCUUUCAAACAACAGCUUUUUGACUGAAUAUGAUAAAACUAAUUUUUCUUUAUCCUCCCUUCCUUGGUUAUGGACGUUCAAAUUGGCUUCUAACAAGUUGAAAACAAUUCCUGAUUUCUUGAGAAACCAAUCUGAAUUAGUUAAUCUAGACCUUUCUGACAACGAGAUUCAAGGGGAGAUACCCAUAUGGAUAUGGGGACUUCAUAAUCUUUACUCAUUGAAUCUUUCUUGUAACUAUCUGGAGACUCCAAAUUUCCCUUUACUCAACAUGUCUUUUGUGAGUGUCGUAGACCUUUCCUCCAACCAGCUCCAAGGGAAACUCUCGGUUCUCCCAUCAUAUGCUAUAUACUUGGAUCUCUCGGAAAAUAACUUCAACUCUGUCAUACCAACUAGCAUUGGUAACUCCCUUACUUACACUUAUUUCUUCUCUCUUUUGAGUAAUAAAUUUUAUGGGAGUAUUCCUACAUCAAUAUGCAAUGCUACAAAUCUUCUUACUCUAUAUUUGUCUGAUAAUUUCUUGAGUGGCAUGGUUUCCCAGUGUUUAAUUGAGAUGAGCAAGACUUUAGGCGUGCUGAAUCUAAGGAGAAACAACCUCAUUGGCGCAAUUUCUAAUUCGUUUCCUAGCAAUUGUGGCUUACAAGCUUUAAAUCUCAAUGGAAACCAACUAGAAGGAAAGCUACCGAAUUCUCUGGCCAAAUGCACAUAUUUGGAAGUUUUAGAGCUCGGGAACAACCAAAUCGAGGAUGUCUUCCCAUGUUACUUGAACAACAUAUCCAUGUUGCGAGUCCUUAAUUUGCGAUCUAACAAAUUUUACGGUCCCGUUGAUUGUCUAGAUCCUAAUACCACAUGGUUGAUCCUUCAAAUUCUAGACCUAGCCUCAAACAAUUUUGUUGGUAAGUUUCCUAUAAAAUACUUUUCUAGUUGGAAGGCAAUGAUGGAAAACAAAAAUAAGACCCCAUCUCAGCUCAAUCAACUCCGAUUUAAAGGUGUUCUUUUGGAUGUUUAUUAUGAAAAUAAGGUUACAGUUACCGCCAAAGGUUUACAUGAGGAGCUAGAGAAGAUCCUAACUAUCUUCACCUUCCUUGACAUCUCAUGCAACAAUUUUUACGGGCCAAUACCUAGAGAAAUAGGAGAACUCAAAUUACUAUAUACCCUCAACUUGUCUCAUAACGCUUUCACAGGCCAAAUCCCACUAUCUUAUGGAAAAUUGAGUAAUCUUGAGUCACUAGACUUGUCAAGCAAUGAGUUAACGGGUGAGAUUCCAUUCCAACUUGCAGAUGGUCUUAUUUUCCUAUCGGUCCUUAACCUUUCAUUCAAUCAAUUGGUUGGAAAGAUUCCACAGAUAAAACAAUUUGCUACAUUCUUGGAAACUUCCUAUGAAGGGAAUAUAGGAUUAUGUGGAUUUCCUUUGAAAGAAAAAUGCACACAUGAAGAGCUUGGGUCAUCACCACCAACAUAUGGAGAAACUCAUUCACAUUCUAAGAAUGCAAUUGAUUGGAACUUUUUAAGUGCUGAAUUGGGAUAUGUUUUUGGUUUAGCAAUUGUUAUUGGUCCUCUUAUGUUUUGGAAGAGAUUGAGAAUAUGUUACUACAAACAUGUUGAUGACAUUUUUUUCAAGAUAUUCCAUUGGCUUUAUAUUAGAAUAGAAAAUCACCAAAAACAAGCACACAAGAAUCAUGGAUGGCGAGCACAUAGAAAUCAAGGACAGAAGCAUUAG